AAAAAAAAAAAAAAGAAAAAGAAUGGAAUGGCGUAAUAAAACUGAAUUUGGAUAGUUAAAAUUAAUAUGUGAGUUGUGGUUAUAUACGAUGAUUGUGUGUGCAUUUGAUGGUUAAAAGGUUACGCUUUAAAAAAAGAUAUUGUGAUCGUGUCAUUAAUUUCGGAAAUGGUGGAUCAUACAAUACCAUCCGAUAUCCUCGACGAUUUAAGCAGUCGAUUUAUUAUCAAUGUACCUGAAGAAGAGAGGAGAGAUUUAAUUCGAAUAUGUUUUCAAGUCGAACUGGCUCACUGGUUUUAUUUGGACUUUUAUUGUACGGAUGAAAAUCCAAAAUUGAGACCAUGUAGCAUGAGAGAAUUCACCGCUCGUAUUUUUUUUCACAUACCAUUUCUAAAGCCUCAUCUAAGUAACGUAGAUAGCAUUCUUGAACAAUGGCGCGCCUAUAAACAAAACGUGCCAACUUUUGGAGCAAUUGUAUUGAACGAGGAUUUAACUAAAGUGCUACUUGUUCAAAGUUAUUGGGCAAAAAGUAGUUGGAGCUUUCCUAAGGGUAAAGUUAAUGCUGAUGAAGAUCCGUCUCAUUGUGCUGUUCGAGAAGUUUUGGAAGAAACCGGUUUUGAUAUUUCAAAUUUAAUAGAUGAAAAUGAAUACAUUGAGUCAACAAUAAAUGAGCAAUUAGUAAGAUUGUACAUAAUAUGCGGUGUACAGAAAGAUACAAAAUUUCAACCGAAAACAAGGAAAGAAAUAAAAAAUGUGGAAUGGUUCUCUCUUGCGGAUUUACCUAAUAGCAAGAAAGAUAUGACCCCAAAACUAAAGACAGGAGUUGGUCCAAAUGCAUUUUUUAUGGUUAUUCCUUUUGUAAGAAGGAUGAGGCGUUGGAUACAAGAAAAAUAUUUACGUGAUAAAAAUACAAAUGCCAUACGAAGACACAGACAUAAAUCCGUGGGUGAUGUAGAAAGUGUUCCAAAGAAUAAACGGCAAUUACUUCCUAAUUCUGUUCAAAGUGAUGUUCCAAGCUUCAAAGAUGUGAAGAACUUCCGACAAUCUAAUACAUCGCCAGCGAGAAAUCGACGUAAUAUACAUGAGUGUAAAAAUGUUAUGCCUAAAGCAGCGAUUAAACGUAAUCUAUUUGGGGAUAAAAAUGAAGAUGAAACAUCAGCUGUACUUGCCAAACAAUUAACCGAUAGUCCUCAAAAUCAACAAGCAUGCUCAUUUUUAAUGGAUCCAGCUAUUCAGUCGGUAAAAUGUAACGAAUUUAGCUACAAAGCUCAAGCUUUAACAAAAGAUCAAAUAUCUCAAGAACUUCGAAAUUCAAAAUUUCCAGAUGGAAAUAUAAAAUCUUUGCUAUUUGGGAGAGCAGCAAAUAAAUUGCAAACAGAUUUAAAAGUUAUACCUUCUCCUUUUACGGUAAUGACUAACAGCACAUCGCGUUUCUUUCCAAUAGAUAAAAUCGAAACCCAAGAAUAUUCCAUGGAAUGUUCAAUGAUUUGGGCAAACUUUAAAUUUGACAAGCAAGCAAUACUUGAUUGUUUAUAA